UUCUCUUAUAACCAAGCAUGAACAGUGUUGCGAGUUUUCUUCUAUGUUUCAUUCUCUCUGAUCCUCUACGGAACAAGAUUUUCACUGUUUCUUUCAAUUUCUUAGCUCAAUUCAGCUUUGGAUUACAACUCUCCUUCACUGAGGUUAAAGUUGCUGGCCUUUACUGCAUGCCAUGGGAGCAAGAGGAGUAAUCGCAGACAAGUGGUCUAUGAGAGUUCUUUGGGCUUGUGCUAUUGGAAGUGCUGUUAGUCUGUAUAUGGUUGCUGUAGAAAGACAAAAACAAAAUCGGCAGAAGAUGUUGGCUGAAGGCUUGAGGGGAAUGGAGUUGGGGGAAAGCGAUGAUGUUUAAGCUGCGCCGUACUCUUAUGAAUACUCUUUAGUAACAUUUAGCAGAUUUUCAUUAGAAAAUAAUAGCUACAUUCAGCAGAUUUUAUUUUCUUUAGUUACAUAUGUUGGCUGAAAAAGGUUUAUGUGUUCAUGCCUCUCACAGACAGUACCCAUGUUGAUCUUGUAAGAUCCUUGGUGAGGGGUUUCCCAUUUUGGUAAGAUCCUUAGAUGCCAACAAAAUGGAAUACAUUUGUAUUCUAGAAAGUUUAAAGUUUGGGAACCUAUUUGUGACAAGAGAAAGUCACGAUCAACUUUGUUGAGAAAUAAAUCUAUUCUUACAAGUUUAA